UGGAAUGAAGGUAUCUUACGAAAGUAAGGGAAUUGCAUUUAAAUCUUCACUAAUGGCACUGAUCUAUAAAGAUAAAGAAAUAUUGGAAAGUCUAAAACAAUGUGUGAAGAAUCAUCAGGAAAUUCUGAGGUUGUCAAAGAAACUGAAUAAAGUGUACAGUGUAUUGGUUGGGUCUGACAUUCUACUCGCACUAUUCUUAUUCUGCCUCAUUCUGUUCCAGCUAACAAGUGUACCAGAAAAGCAGUCAGUCAGAGAUAUAAUCAAGUCCCUCACAUUUCUGGCUAGUGCUGGUAGUUUGAUUUUUAUUGUAUGCUGGCUUGGAAGUGAACUAGAGAAAGUGAGUCUGUUGCUACAACACGGAGUGUUUGACAGUGGUUGGCCGCUGAGAAACGGAAGACUGAACCAGCUGUUGCCUACAAUACUGCUGGUCUCAAGUAGACCUCUCACACUGUCUGCAGGAUACACAUACAACGCUAACUUGGAGCUAUUCGCCUCGACAAUGCGCUUUGCAUAUUCAUUCUACACGCUGCUAGUCAAUGCUCAACAAGGAUGAAUAGGAAACUUGAUGCUGUCUGCUGUUACUUAGUAGUGAUUAAUUAUUUGCUAACUUAUGUUGCAUAGUGUUUGUUAUUGCUAACUUGUGAAUUGACACUGGCUAUAUUCUUUAACACUGAUAGCGUUGCUUACUUAAAAGAAAUAUUAUUACACUAGUAUCGGUACAGCUAGGGGAGCGAGUUGGUCUAGGGGUAGAGUGUCUAGGCUUCAGUGUGUCUGAGGUCUCGGGUUCAAAUUUUGUCAAUCCCCAAUAAUUCCUCUUAGCUGCCCUUAUUACAUGGCUGCAACCAUUCUAGCUUAACACGUUGACUGCGCGCGCCGACAAAAGUCGGCACCAGGCCAACAGAAAUAUAUUGAGUCAGUGUGAGCUUAGCCUCAGACGGAGACGUUAUAAUCGUUGCCAGCCUGCCAGCUUAGAAUGCGAGCUUUACUUUGGUGUGGGUUGGUACUAAAAUUUCCCGUAAAAUCCUGUCUGGCAAUGCUUUUGUCCCGGUUUCGGGGAUUUUUUCUCUUCAACCCACAUUACAAAGACACUGGAUACGGAUCCGUGCAGUGCUGCUACCUUUGGGUGUUUCAGUGAACUACAUCCACUCUCGGGGUAACGCAGCACAGUCACCACUGCUCUUUUGUGAUUCGUCAGACUGAAAUAUUUGAAUGCCAAUUGCGUUCGCUGAUUCGGUUGCGCGCCGGGGCUUCGCCCGCCACUGGGGAGCGCCUGUAUAGUCGGCACGCGCAGUCAACGUGUUAAUUAAUAUGUAAAUCGGUUGGGCCACAGCAUAGCUAGGAUGUGAAGGGGAGACAUAUAGUAGUAUUGUUGCAAUGACUUUUCCAUCUUAAUAAGUACUAACUAAUGGAAAAGUUCACAAUUAUUGGAAUAAGAUAAAGACUUUGUAUUUAUUUUAGCUCGAUAAGUUCAGUGGAAUGUUAUUUUUUCCUAGCACUGUGA